UAUCUCUCUAUUUUCUUUCCGUGAUUUUUUUAAUUUAUGGAAUUAUUGUUGUUCUAUAGUUGCAUAAUAAAAAAUUAACAAGUAUAAUCUUGGCUUUAUGCAGCAGCAAGGAGUAGGAAAGAAUCUUCCAACUAUUGUUUUGCUGACAAAUAUUAACCUUUCCCCUUCUGUAUCCCAAGCCUAUCUCUCUUCUUCUUCUUCUUCUUCUUCUUCUUCUUCUUCUUUCUCAUCGCCCGCUCUGCUAUUCCAAAACCAUGACUAAAUCACACAGCAAAGGUUCUGGGUGUUUUUCAGGGAUUGCACGGCUGCUUCUGUGCAAAGGCAGUCUCCAGACCCACCCAUCGGAUCAGAUAACAGAGCCCAACAGCACUCCAAUUGAAUGUGGUCGUGUAAACAAAGACUCAAAGAAUGAAGUGAUGAUCCAUGUCGAAGUCGAUCAUACUCCAGCAACUAGUACUACGACUACUCCUGGAGUGGUAGCAAGGUUAAUGGGUUUAGAUUCAUUGCCAAAAACCAACUGGGUUUUGAAAGGAGAAGGAACUCCAGCAGAUUUAGUCACUAGAAGUAGGUCAGUGAAUUUUAUGGAUUACUUGCUUCAGUUUGAUUUAGAACAAGCUGAGGACCAGCAGCAUCGUAGAGUGAGGACUUCAGUCUCAUUUCGUGAGGUACCAACAUUGUUAAAUCAGCAAAAUCAUAAUCGUGAUAUCUUCGUUCUUUACUUAAACGAUAAUGCAGAGAAAACAGGAUCUAAACUGAGUAAACCUGAAGUGGGUCUUGAGGAAAUCAUUAAGCACAAGAAGGAAGAGAAAAGCAAGAACAAGGUAAACAAUAGCAGCAACAUAGAAGGAGUGGCUUCAGUGAAGAAGGAAAAGAAAGAUCAACGGAACAUUUCGAAAGAUUCCGAGUCCAAGGAUGAGGAGCCAAGAAAAGUGUCUAACAAGCAAUUUUCGAGAUUCGGUAGCUGCAAAGAAACCCAAGUUUCAUCAGGCACUGUUUCACCUCGUAAUAAGAAGGAAAGAAUGACUAAUCCAAAGCCAAAAAGUCCAGAGAAACCGAUGAAUCAGAAGGAAGCAUUAGCCGAAUCGAAGUUCAUGAAGAAAAUCAAGAACCAACAAGCAUUUAAAGACGUGCAAUCUGAGUGUAGCUCAGAAGAUUCAAGUCCAGUUUCUGUUCUUGAUCUUGAUGAGUUUUUUCCUAUUCACGAAGAAAUGCUUCUGUCAGAUCAGAAGAACCAUUCACCGAAAGCCACUAACUUCGACUAUUCAUCAAUUGCACACUCAGCUCGCUUAUCGAUUGAUCUUGAGCCAAAGGAAUUAAAGAAAAGUGACUAUCGUCAGCAGAGAAGAGAUUCCAGGUAUUACGUAGAAGUAGUGAAAAAGCUAUGCAGAUUGACAGAGGAAGAUAUCAAAGAGUCAAAAUGGAGCACGAAUGAGGCCUCCUUGGAUUAUGAAAGCGUCGAAGAUAUCUGUGUGGAACUGGGGCAACAAAUCCUCAAUGUACUUGUAAAGCAAGUAGUAGAAGAACUUGAGGGAUUUCAUUUGAAAAAUUUUAUUGAUGGCAAAGUUUUUUGAUAAUGUAAAUGUACACUGAUAAAAUAUAUAUAUAUAUGUAUGUGUAUUUCUGCCA